GGGAGGAGCCGGAAGUAGAAGAAAAAGAAGCGGCUCGUGUUCUGUCUCAGUUCAAGAUGGCGGACCUGGAGGCAUCAGUGAAGAAGAAGAAGAAGUCAAAGAAAGUCAGUGAAGAAGAAGUCGGGGACAUCCAGCAGAGCGGCGACUUCUUCAUCCGUCCCGAGUCCAAAGUCGCUGCACUUGACACGUCCCAGUGGCCCCUCCUCCUGAAGAACUUCGACAAACUAAACAUCCGGACAGCUCAUUACACUCCACUACCCAGCGGCAGCAACCCUCUGAAGAGACCCAUCCAGGACUAUGUCAGGUCGGGCUUCAUCAACCUGGACAAGCCAGCGAACCCGUCGUCCCACGAGGUGGUGGCGUGGAUCAGGAGGAUCCUCCGGGUGGAGAAGACGGGUCACAGCGGGACCCUCGACCCCAAGGUCACGGGCUGCCUGAUCGUGUGCGUCGACCGAGCCACGCGAUUGGUCAAGUCCCAGCAGAGCGCCGGUAAAGAGUAUGUGGGAAUAGUUCGGCUGCACAAUGCUAUAGAGAGCGAGCACACGCUGGCCCGGGCGUUGGAGACGCUGACCGGCGCCUUGUUCCAGAGGCCGCCCCUGAUCGCCGCCGUCAAGCGUCAGCUGAGAGUCCGGACGAUCUACGAGAGCAAACUGAUCGAAUACGACCCAGAGAAGAGGCUGGGUAUCUUCUGGGUGAGCUGUGAGGCUGGAACCUAUAUCAGGACACUGUGUGUCCACAUGGGGCUGCUGCUGGGGGUCGGAGGUCAGAUGCAGGAGCUGAGGCGGGUCCGGUCCGGAGUCCUGGGAGAGAAGGACAACAUGGUGACGAUGCACGACGUCCUGGACGCUCAGUGGCAGUUUGACCACAACAAGGACGAGUCGUACCUGAGGAGAGUGAUCUUCCCUCUGGAGAAGCUGCUGGUGUCUCACAGACGUCUGGUGAUGAAGGACAGUGCGGUCAACGCCAUCUGCUACGGCGCCAAGAUCAUGCUGCCAGGUGUGCUCAGGUACGAGGACGGCAUCGAGAUGAACCAGGACAUCGUCAUCAUCACCACCAAGGGGGAGGCCAUCUGCACAGCCGUCGCUCUCAUGACGACCGCCGUCAUCUCCACCUGUGACCACGGCGUCGUGGCCAAGAUCAAGAGGGUGAUCAUGGAGAGAGACACGUAUCCUCGGAAGUGGGGGCUGGGACCGAAGGCCAGCCAGAAAAAGAUGAUGAUCCAGAAAGGACUUCUGGACAAACACGGAAAACCCAAUGGCAGCACACCACAGGACUGGAAGAACCAAUACGUGGACUACAGCGUCUCCAAGGAGCCAGACUCGGGUGACGCCCCAGUGAAGAGGAAGAGGGAGGCGGCCGACAGUGACGGAGAAACGACUCCGCCCACCACGCCAUCUGCAGAGGAGGCGAAAAAGGAGAAGAAGAAAAAGAAGAAAGAGAAGAGAUUAAAAAUGGAGGAGGCAGGGGCGGAGCCUGAGGAGAUGGAGGCGGAGCCUGACACAGAGGUGACUGAAAGUGCCAAAAAGAAAAAGAAAAAGAAGAAACAGAAAGAGGAGGAGGAGGCGUCAGAGUGACGACACUCGCACCAGUUUGUUUUUUAUGUAAAUCUUUAUUUUUAUUUUCAUCUGUAAAUAAGUGAACAGGAAGUCUGAACUUUGAGAAUAAAAGUGUUUUCUUUA